AGCCGAGUUAUGAUUUGUCUCAUUCGUUGUCGCGAAACAGUGUCGAAAAGAAGGAAGCAAAAUGCAAGGGUCUCGCAGCAUCGUCUUGGCUUUCUUCAGCUUCUUCCUUAUCAACACCAUUGCAAGACGUGAAAAUAUUUGCAAAGGAGCGGAAGUGGAGAUUUCGUCUGACUUCAUCUCAGAGAUUGCUCCACCCAACUGCACCUUAGCGCGUGCGGCCAAGUUGACGCAGUUGGCCAACGGGAAAAAGUACUUCUUUUCUGAUUACGACUACAAUCACGAAAACUGGAAUGUGGCAAACGAAACUUGCGCCAAUAUGGGCCUCCAUCUGGCCACCGUGAGGAACCAAGCCGACCUGAACGCGCUCCGGGCGGGAACGAAACAAAGGCGCACUUUCAAUCGCAAGAAUUGGUGGUUGUCGGCUAAAAACUACGGCGGAGGCCGAGAAAAAUACAACAUUCGUUGGCACGAUGGCUCAGAGUUGGAGCAAAACAGCCCCUUGUGGAGCGCCGGCGCUCGGAAAAAGGACUGCGUCGUUUUCCAAACCGACAGCAACAUCCUUAUGAGCGGCUACCAUUGCAGCAGCUAUCAUUAUUUCAUUUGCGAGCUGCCGACCGAAUGUUACUGAUUCAACUCAUUCUCUAUUUUAAUCAAAAAUACCAAUAAUAAUCAACCUUUUUCAAAAAUUUGAAAAAUUAUUAAAAUAAUAAAAAUAGAGAUACAAAUAUUCUACAUAACCCAAUAAAAUUAAGCUUAAUGAAUUAAACUUUACAGAAAUAUUGUAAAAGAUUAAAAAAAAACUUUUUUCUUACUCUUAAAUAUGUAACAAUUUAAUGAUAAUAAUGAAAAUAUUAAAAAUGUUCAAUUUUUUUUAUUUUAUUAUAAAAUACUAGUUGAUUUUGGAUUUCUCGCUGCCUUAUCUAGUGAAAGUUGAAAUAUAAAUUAUUUAUCAAAACACGUACACUUGACAGGAAAUAAAAAUAAGUGAAUCAUAAUUGGUAGCCACCCCACAAAACCCAAAUUAAUUAUUUCUACUCUUCCCAAACUUUAAAAAGUGGCGAAAAUUUUAAGUAACACUGUAAUUGUCUUCAAAUAAAGUAAAUAAAUGUGGCCUUUAGUACAGACUGGUUUGGUGAUAAAAGCAGUGAACGUGUUUCCAACUAUUUGGCUUCAAGGUCUAAAUCUUAUCUGGAAAUAAACCCACGA